AUGUCAGACGAAUACACAAAGAUAAAUGUAAGCAUUGGCGGCUGCAAAAAUUGCGUGUCCUGUCUUCAUCACUUACUUGAAAAGUAUGCUGAUAUAAAGGAAUAUAUAAUUAGUUCUCAGGAGAAUCUCAUAUCAAUACAUCCAGUUUAUGUAAAACGAGUGACCAGCCUUUUAAAAUUUGUUGGAUUGGAUAUUAAAGAUGUCGAUAAUCAUUUAUCAGUUUACAGUAAGGACAGUAAAGCCGAGUCAAACGAUGACAUCUACUUCUUACCGGAGUUAGAUGAUAACUCACAAAUCAAUUCUAUGGCAUCUAAACGCAAGCGACUGGACGGUCAUCUUAUUAUGAAACGAAACAACCACUGCAUUAUCGCCUCCGAAUUAGUAGCAAUACUUCCGCAUGAAGUUGAAUGUUGUCGACCACAUUUAGUACCAGGUUGGUGUGUUGCAGUUCAUUCAGAACAUCAUCUAAGUAAAAUAAAUCAAUAUUUACAAUCAUUUGUUCCACUCCCUGGGGAGCUCAGUCAUAUUAAACGAAUAGACAGUUGCCGAUCAUAUGAAAAUAAAUCAACUUAUGUCUUUUUGCAGAUAGCCAAAUCAAGCUAUACAUGGCUAGAUGCCAAUGAAACUUUGAAAUCUAUGGUCGACUUACUACAAUUGAAUUCAUCCGAUCACCAGUUUAUUAGCACAUCCCCAACACCCUGCUGGAUACCACUUCAUGCACCAAUAACUCGCAAGCAUCAGCUCCUCUACUCAUUUUCAAAUGAAUCACAAGAGAAGAGAUUUUCAUCGUUCAAAAAUUCACUUAAUGAACCAAUUAUUUUAGGUUGGCCAUCCACUUUACGAGCCUGUCCCGAGCUUGAGGAACUAGUGAACGUUGGACGAAGCUUGUCGUUAUCAUGUUUCUCAGAAUUAGAGCUAAAAAAGCAUUCAUUAUGGCUCAAACGUGUUUCUACCUUGUCAAAACAAGUGCAAGAACUAAGUGAUAUACACCCACAAUCAUGUGCAGGCGUUGAUGGUCCGGCUUGUGCAGUCAUCAUAGUGGAUCCAGAAUCGAAUAUUGCAUUAGCAGAAUCAACUACACCUACGAUAACAUCAGAUAUAUCUUGGUUAGAUCAUGCAGCAUUACUUGCUGUAUCAGCUGUUGCUAAAUUAAAACAGAAUACAGGAAAUCAGUACUCUGAUUCUUACUUGUGUACAGGUUUUGAUGCAUACUUUUCACUUGAACCAUGUCUGAUGUGUGGUAUGGCUCUGCUUCAUAAUCGCAUUCGGCGAGUUUUCUGCUGCCAAAAGCUUGCGGGUGACGGCGCAUUUAGUAAUGCAAGCCGUCUUCACGUGCAGGAACAAUUAAACCAUCGUUUCCGAGUAUUUAUUCCGCCGUAGAUGUCUAUGGGAUUUGUUUUAUAUCAGCAUACUGACAAUAAAUGAGAAAUAAACUACAUCUCUU